AUUUUAGUAUUUCAAAAAACAUUAAACAAUCAAGACAUUUCAACUUCCAAAUUUUAUUCAGAUUGUGAAAUAGUAUAUUGUAUGUUCGUAUGGAGCCUUAUGUAAACGGAUUUUUUAGCUACUUGAUGGAAAAUGAGCUACAAUGUGAAGACGUCGAGAUGGAGGACGCACUGCGUCAGGGGGCACAGAGCUGGAAUGCCCUAAGCUGCAAGGAAAAGAGUCGUUAUCGGUCAAAAAACAGGAAACGCAAAUCCCACAACCGCCAUCGUGGGCGUCAACCGGAGAAAUUUAAGAGUUGCCCCAAGAGCCCAUGUGCCAGAAGUAGUCUCGGGAUGCAGGCAUCUUGCCGGAAAACCAUCUCCAGGAAUAGAUAUGGCCUAAGGAAGUGCAUCCCCCGACGAUCAAGGCGUUCUUGCUUAUUAAAGAGAGGAACUGAAGAAAUGGCCACGGACGUGAAGUUCAACGCCUCGCUGAGCUGCAGCGAUCCGCAGUCACAUCCGGUCCUGAUCAUCGGCCAGCUGCGUCAUCUCAAUCUGCUGAAGUUCACCCACCUGGAGAACAAGCUUAGUCCGCGCGUCACCGAGGAGACCUUCCUGAAUGCUGUGGCCUGCCUGCAUCCGGCGCCCACGGACAAGGUUUCCCUUUAUCUCGAUGUGGCCACUGUGGCCGCCCUGCCUUUGAAAGCAUCGCGGCAUAAUACCGCCUCCCGGGCCCAUGCCAUCACCCGACUGGUGAAGAACCAUGUUCUCAACGUUUCCGAGGAGAGUGUGGUGCUGGUCUGCGAGCGUGAGAACCUGUUCGCCAGUGCCUGUGCUGUGGUCCGGGCUUUUCCCCUCUAUUCCCGUAAGACGGGCAAUCUACUGGCAGCAAACCAAUCCAAGGCACAAUUCGGAUGUGGAGAUCAGGCCGAUGGCAACAAGGAUGCCGGCCGCAACGUGGUGAACGUAGAGUUUCUGCUAAUCAACAAAGAUGGUGGUAUUGAGUGCGAACCCUUGACUGAAGACGAGCUCAAAUGCCUGAAUGAAACCACCCGGGCCAUCCGACUGACUGCUCGCAUUGUGGACAUGCCCUGCAAUGAGAUGAACGUGGACCACUUUAUCCAGGCGGUCGAGGACGUGGGCAGGGAGUUGUGCAUCACGCCGCAAGUAAUCCGCGGUGAGGAGCUGCGCGAGCGCGGCUUUGGCGGCAUCUACGGCGUGGGCAAGGCGGCAGCUGUGCCACCUGCCCUCGUGGUGCUCUCCCACGAGCCAAAGGGCGCCCAGGAGACCAUUGCCCUGGUCGGCAAGGGUAUCGUCUACGACACUGGUGGCCUGAGCAUCAAGGCCAAGACCGGCAUGCCCGGAAUGAAGCGCGAUUGCGGAGGAGCGGCUGCGAUUCUCGGCGCCUUUUAUGCAGCUGUCCAGUGCGGUUUCAAGGACAACCUGCAUGCCGUUUUCUGCUUGGCCGAGAACUCCGUGGGUCCAAAUGCAACUCGUCCCGAUGACAUACACACUCUUUACUCCGGCCGCACAGUGGAGAUCAACAACACGGACGCUGAGGGCCGCCUGGUGCUCGCCGAUGGCGUUUGCUUUGCUAACAAGGAUCUGAAGGCCAAUAUCAUUCUCGACAUGGCUACACUAACUGGAGCUCAGGGCGUAGCAACAGGCAAAUAUCAUGGUGCCGUAUUGACAAACUCGGAGACAUGGGAGGCAAAGUCGUUGCAGGCCGGACGCAAAUCCGGCGAUUUAUUGGCCUCCAUAAUUUAUUGCCCCGAAUUGCACUUCUCCGAAUUCGCCUCGGCCAUUGCUGAUAUGAAGAACUCGGUGGCGGAUCGGCAGAACGCACAAUCCUCCUGCGCCGGCCUCUUCAUUGCCGCCCAUCUGGGCUUCGACUAUCCCGGCAUUUGGAUGCACGUCGAUAUGGCCACGCCCGUGCAUUGUGGGGAGCGGGCCACUGGAUACGGCGUUGCCCUGCUGCUGACCCUCUUCGGUGGCCACACCGACUCCAAGCUGCUGCAAUCCAUCGCCCCCACCGACGAGGAGCCGCCAUCCAAGCGCCUGUGCCGCGAUUAACCGCAUUUACAAUUCUGAAAUACACAAGUAUCAAAUUGAA